AUGUCACAGAAUGCGGCCGCUAAUGGAGAACUCAGGCUCAAGAUAAAAUAUCUAAAACUGAAAAGAGUUAAUGAGCUUAACAGCAAGUUGAGAAAUGAGCUGUCAAGAGAAAGGAUAACAGCAUCGAAUGCAUGUUUAACCUUAGUUAAUUAUGUAUCAACCCAUAGGGAUUAUACACUACCGGAACUAUGGGGGUAUCCACAGCCCGGUUCGAAUCGUUUUGCAAAUGGUCUACAGCAGAGGAAUGGUCAAAAUUUGGCAAGCAGUUCAGAUUCCAUGGGAUGCUGCACACUUAUGUGA